AUGCACGUGUAUUACAAAUUUGGCUUGCUCUUGAUUUUUUUGCUCAGCGUCAGCAUCAGCCACACAUUUGCAGCUCCAGCCGCCGCUGAAGCACAGCAGAAUCCGAGCAACAGUUCGGUUGAUGAUUACAUCUACGAUGACGAUGACUACAGUGAAGAGACGGCGUCCAAGGGAUCACCGGAGACAGCUGAGAACAGACUGAUGCCAUUCACAUCUUCCACAACAACCACAACCACAUUUCGACCCACAUUUAACAUACCACGUCGCAGCAACCUGGUCCUGGAGCCCAGCUGUCCCCGGCAAUGCCGCUGCGUGGAGGACAAGUAUAUCCAGUGCUCAAAUGCGCAUCUAACCCAUGUGCCCCUGGACAUUCCUAGGACGGCGGCCAUCAUAGACUUGAGCUAUAAUGUAAUUGCCGAACUGAGGCCAGAGGACUUUGCCAAUCUGUCCCGCCUGGUGGAAAUCAAUUUGAGCCACAAUCUGCUCAGUCAUCUGGACAAGGAGGCCUUCCAUGGCUUGGAGCGUUUGAGGCGGUUGCGUUUGGCCAACAAUCGUCUCACCAAAAUCGAACCCGACACCUUCGUGGGGGCCACAGACCUGGAGCUUCUCGAUUUGAGCAACAAUUCCAUCACCCAGCGCUUGGAGGGUUCAUUUCUCAAUCAACCCGGUUUGAUCGAGUUCAGUUGCUCGAACUGCAGCUGGACGGAGCUGCCGGAGCAGACGUUCGUCAAUAUGAGUGCCCUGCAAACGCUGCGCUUGAACAACAACGAUUUCGAACAGAAAAUCAAUACGCGAGCUUUUGCACCGCUAAAAAACAUAAUUAAACUGAAACUGCCAGAACUGGACCAGGCCAACAUCGAGGAGCUGUGCAACCUGCUCAAGUCCAUUGACAACAUCAGCUUCAGGCACUUUGAUGUGAGCUGCUUCGAACUGGUGCUGGGCACAUCAUUCAACGAGAGUCUGAUCCAGGCCACAGAUCCGCCCUUCAAGCGGGUGACGGGCCUGCCCACCGCUGCCACCGCCACAGCCCGGCCAGCCGCAACCCCCGCCCCGACACGCACAGCGAAUCGCAAUCGGAAUAAAAUGGCAAACAGCACGGCGGCGGCCAUUGAAGUGGUCAAAGCUGGCAUUGGCGCAGUGACCGAGAGCAGUGGGGUCAUUGUGGAGACGACCACGGACAAGGAGAAACCCUAUCAGGUGCCCAUCUCACAGGAGACUAUCAACACGCUGCUCAUCUGCAUCAUGGUAUUGGCGGUCAUUGGCAUUGUCAUUGGCCUCAUUUGCCGCAAGGAUGUGGGCGGCAUCAAGACCAAAUGCUGCCGCACCAGCAAACCGGAGCCAAAGGAUCAGGUCCAUCCCACUGAGGAGAUACCAUUGAAUAAGCUAGCCUAAGUAGAACAGACGAACUUGCCGAAUUUCUAACCAAAACAAACACGUUCCACUUUACAAGCAUUUUUUUUUCGCCAGAUUCUUAUAUAUGUAUAGAGCGAUAGAAUAUCUUAAUUUAUAUGGAUAAUUUAUCUGUAGAAUGCGAAAAUUAGUUAACUACUUGACGUCAUAAACAAUUGUAGAUUCGUUCCAUUGUUUGCCAGCACCAAAACCGCAACAGCAACCACCGCUGUCCAGGUUCCCUAGUUUGUUAGUCGGAGUCUAGUUGUUAGUAGGUUUAGCUAGCUGCCUAGUCGCAUGGCGUUCUGUUUAGGGUAGCAAAGGACGGAGGCGACUCUCUUCUAAUGCUUAAACGUAUCAUACUUUAGUUUUUAGUUCUAUGUGUGUGUCUGUGCGUGUCGUACUCUUAGCUAUAGAUUUUUUUUGCCAAAAUACAAUAAAAACAAUUAUUGUAAAUAGAAGGAAACAAAA